UUCCGGGGAAUCACCCGUCACGAGAGAACAUCAACGGGACCAAGAUGGACAACAAAGACGUUAAUACGUUGUUCAUCGAGUCGGAGAGUCAGUCGAGGUCUGCCAGCUCCUCGAGACGACCCAGUAACGAAAGCACUUGCAGCUUGAACGUGCCCAUCGAACGCGAAUCCACACCCCAAGUUCACCCCCUGUCCGCACAUUUUCUAGAGAAGACCAGAUCGCAGUCCUUGGUCAACAUCUCCAGGUACCAGAAAAUCACCGGCGCCGACGACAAGUGUCUGAACGGCAUCGAGGAGAGUCCCAGGGGCAGCCUCAAGCAGCGCAGGGGCUCGCUCCAAUCGGAAAGGAUGAAAAUCAACAACUUUUCAUCCAUAAAGGACGCCUUCGGCCCGACCUGCAACGAUACCCACAGGGCAAUACCGGGCACUCCUCUGCCGUCUUUGGUCCAGGACACUCCUGAAGAGGAGUUCACGGAGCUCAACGCACCCAGCCCGGAAAAGGAUGCGAUAUUGGACCCCGAGAGUUUGUACUUCAGGGAUGGGCGAAGGAAAAUCGACAUGGUGUUGGUGUAUGAGGAGGAGGAGUUGGGGGUGAUGACUGAAGCUGAGGCUCGAAGGAGGGACAACAGGAGGGUGUUUCAAGAAAACCUGAUCAAGGAAGGGCUGGAGCUGGAGCUGGAACACAAAGACCUUUCGUUCGACUGCAAAACUUGGUUCCUAAAGGUGCACCUACCGUGGAAGACCAAGACCCGAUACGCAGCCGUCAUGGGCCUGAAGCUGCCCAUAAAGCGCUUCAUCACAAUAUCAGUCAAAGCUUGGGACGACCAGAAGAACCAAAACAAGUCGGAGAGCUUCUGGAAGCGGCUGAUGAGGAAAGCCAGGGAGUUCACCGAGUACAACCACGACCUGAUACACAAGGAGCCGUCGUUUUAUGACGCCACCGAGGGGGCCGACAGAGAAGAACAGUUUGUUGUCAAAGACAGGGUGACCAGCUAUUCAAGCGCCCAAAGGAGUCUGAUUGUGAUGCAAAUUUUGCUGCGGGUCAAAUUCGACGACACAGACAAAGUCGGCAUUCGAAGGUUAUUGAACGAUGGCACCUACAUAGCUUGUUUUCCGUUGCACGAAGGCAAAUGGGAGAAGGAAACAAGCGAUGGCAAAAUCUUGGACAGAAGAUUGUUGUACUUGGAGUGGGCGAGACCAGCUAAGUGGAUGAAACGCCAACCUUUAAAUCUGAUCAGAAGGUACUUUGGGGACAAGAUUGGGUUGUAUUUUUGCUGGUUGGGCUUCUACACCAAAAUGUUGAUUGCUCCAGCUAUAGUUGGAACCUUGUGUUUUUUGUAUGGCCUUUUUACCAUAGAUAGUGAUGAUAACAUACCAACCAAAGAAAUAUGUGAUCCUGUAGGACCUGGGAAUAUAACUUUGUGUCCAUUAUGUGAUAAAGCUUGUAAAUAUCAAAGACUAAUUGAGAGUUGUAAAUUUGCUAGGUUAACUUAUCUAUUUGACAAUCCUGCCACUGUAUUUUUUGCCAUCUUCAUGAGUUUGUGGGCAACGGUUUAUCUGGAACUUUGGAGGAGAAAACAGAACGUCAUCCAAUGGGAAUGGGACCUCCAAGACACUGAAAUGGACGAAGAACCUCGACCAGAAUUUGAGACCAGCGUGAAAACAUUCAGAACAAACCCAGUGACAAGGGAAAAAGAACCAUUUCUACCAACCUGGACCAAAACAGUUCGUUUUGCUGCGACUGGUUCUUCAGUUUUUCUUAUGUUAAUGGUAGUGUUGUGUACCGUUUUGGGUACUAUAAUCUAUAGACUGUCUCUAGUAUCAGUAAUAUACGGCAGUGGAUCACUUUUCCUUAAGAAACAUGCCAAAAUCGUCACAUCUGUGUCUGCUGCUUGUCUCAAUCUUAUCAUCAUCAUGUGCCUAACUAGAUUUUAUCAUAGAUUAGCUAUAUACCUAACGAAUUUGGAGACUCCAAGAACACAGACUGAAUACGAAGAUUUAUACACUUUCAAAAUAUUUCUGUUCGAAUUCAUGAACUACUAUUCAUCUUUAAUCUACAUCGCCUUCUUCAAGGGUAGAUUCUUCGACUACCCAGGCGACACGACGAGUCGCCAGUCCGAGUUCCUGCGGGUGAAAGGCGACAUCUGCGACCCGGCCGGAUGUCUGAGCGAACUGUGCAUCCAGCUCUCCAUCAUCAUGGUGGGCAAGCAGAUCUUCAACAACUUCAUCGAGUUGUUCAACCCGUUCUUCUACAACUGGUGGCGGAGGCGGUCGCACAGGAGCAACACCAAGGAUCUGAACAGAAAGCACACCAGAUGGGAGGAGGAUUACCACCUGCAGGACCCCGGGCGUCUUGCUUUGUUUGAUGAGUACUUAGAAAUGAUUUUACAAUAUGGUUUCAUUACGUUGUUCGUGGCAGCGUUUCCAUUGGCUCCACUAUGUGCCUUAUUAAAUAACAUAGCUGAAAUUAGAUUGGACGCUUAUAAAUUCGUGACGCAGGCUAGAAGGCCUCUUGCUGAACGAGUGGAAGAUAUUGGCGCCUGGUAUGGGAUUUUAAAAGCCAUAACGUAUGCAGCAGUUGUAUCAAAUGCCUUUGUGAUAGCUUACACCAGUGAUUUCAUACCUAGGAUGGUUUAUCAGUACAAGUAUUCAUUAACUGAAGAUCUGACUGGAUAUAUUGAUUCUUCUUUAUCAGUUUUUAAUACUUCCCAUUACCACGACAAUAUGGGUGGAGAUGAUGAAGAUGAACCACCACCAGAUACUUGCCAAUACAGAGGAUAUCGUAAUGGCCCAAACGAAACAGACCCUUACGGCCUGAGCCCUCAAUAUUGGCACGUCUUUGCUGCCAGAUUAGCCUUCGUUGUCAUUUUCGAGCAUGUUGUAUUCGCCCUAGUUGGCAUCAUGCAGUACGUAAUACCAGAUGUACCAUCAGAGUUAAAGACACAAAUGCAACGUGAAGCUCAGUUGGCCAAAGAAGCAAAGUAUGAGCAUGGUCUUAGGAAAUCUGAUCUCGAUUACGAGGACAUGAUCUCAACCAUGAGGGACAACAACAACGCUUACAAAUCCGAUCAGAAAAUGACAGGAUUGAGAGGAUCUUGGGCAAGGAGGCUCAGUAGAUUAUCUGACGGAUUGGACGCUCACGUUGAAGUGGCCAGCAGGAAAAAGAAUUCUAUAUCAUCUACAGUUUGGGAAGUUUCCUAACUUUAAUUAAAUUAAUUGUACAUACUUUUUCUAACUUACAUAUAAGUGUAAAAAAUAUAUGUUUUUAGUUUUUAA